AUGGACGAGGACUUGAAGAAGGAGCUAGUUCUCGAGCCCGUGCCGGAGCCGCCCGCGCCAGUCGCAGCCCCGGCCAAGGCGCCCGAGAAGAAGGCGCGCAAGCCGUUCCGCGAGGGCGACACGGGCUACCUCGACGGGCUGCGCGGCCUCGUCAUGAUUAUGGUGUUCACGCAGCACUUUGCCGACAAUACAUGGCUGGGAACGCACCCCAAGGUCAUGGAGACGGGCACGGCCGUCGACAUUCUGCGCUCCAAGAUCAGUCUGGUCCUCUUCUUUGCGCUCUCCGGCCGGCUCAACGUCACGUCGUACAUGCGCCGGCUGGGCACGGACUCGCCGAUCCAGUGGUUCACGCUGCCGGAGGCCAUGUUCCGGCGCACGCUGCGCCUCUCGGUGCUGUCGUGCGUGAUGCUGCUCCUGCAGAAGGCGCAGUGCGCCGGCGGCGCCUUCUACCCGACGAUGGACGCGCAGGCCGUGCUGCAGACCGACGGCAACCUGUGGUACCCGUCGUGGUGCCCGACGACGCGCGACCCCAAGACGCUGCGCAUCACCGACGCCUGGACGACGCCCGGCGACAUCCUCACGGCCCUGCUGCGCCUCAUGACGAACACGGACAACGCCGAGCAGCUGCGCGAGACGUCGAUGCUGUGGUCGAUGCAGCCGCAGAUCUGGGGCAUGCUCUACGUGCUCAUGCUCAUGCCCGUCGUCGCGCACAUGACGCAGUCGCGCCGCUUUGCGUUCUAUGCGCUGCUCGUCACGUUCCUGGGCUACACGCAGAACCUCAACCUGCCCUUUGUCAUUGGCGUCAUCAUGGCGGACCUCAAGUGCACGGGCAUCCUCAAGCGCUGGCAGUCGACGUCGCGCGUGACGUACCUCGCCACCGAGUGCGCCCUCGCCGGCGUGUUUCUCGUGUUUCUGUGCUACAACACCAUCGAGGGCACGAUUGUGCGCGCAUGGGCGCCGACGACGUACAAGCACGGCGUCGUCGGCGUCGACACCAAGGCCGGCGACUUUGGCGGCCAGCCGAUCAUCAUCUUCCGCGCCACGCUGCUCUUCCUCUGGCUCGAGAUGUCGAACACGUUCCAGUGGCUCGUCGGCAACUUUAUGUUCAAGAUCCUCGGGCGGCACGCGUUCGGCAUCUACGUCACGCAGAUGAGCGCCAUCUACCUCGUCGUGCCGCCGGUCGCGAUGCACUACGCCGCGCGCGACCAGCUCUACUGGAAGGGCAUCGUCAAUGCGUAUCUCGCGACGUUUGCGGCGAACUUUGCCUUUGGCUGGGUGCUCAACAAGCUCGUCGACGCGCCCGCGCUGACAUUCUCCGGCUGGCUCUCGCGCACGAUGCGCAAGGAGGGCUUCCUCGCCGUGUUCACGCAGGGCUGGCGCAACACGGUCGCCGCCGUGCGCGGUGCGCCAGCCCGCGCCGGGGCGAUCCCCGGCAAGCUGCGCGUCAAGUGGGCGGCGACGAAGAAGCUCGGCUCGCAGAUCCGCCACUGGCGCACGCCCGUGCCGAUCAUCCCGCCGCCCGAGCACCCGCUCGCCUACGGCCUCGACCCCGCCGAGAUGCACUCGACGCUCUUCGACGCCGACAUCAGCACGGACCCGCAGGCGGUGCGCACGCGGCGCCUGCUCAUUGCCUGGUCGUACAUCUGGCCGUUCAACGCGAUUGUGAUCCCCGGCAUGGCGCUCUCGUGGGGCCUGCUCAACCCGUGGCACAACUACAUCACCACCGACUUUGCCACGUUCUCGACGCUCUGGCGCCUGCUCUGGCUGCUCGCGCUGCCGUACUGCCUCAUCACCUGGAUCGGCUACAUGACGCCCGACAUUACGCGCACGCCCGAGGCGAUGAAGAAGCGCCCCGUGUGCCGCGAGCAGCUGCGCCACUUCUACAUUGUGUCCGUCACGCGCGGCUCCAACGAGGACGCCACCCGCCGUGCCCACACGAAGCUCAAGCUCCUGGAAAAGUACCACCCGGCCGUGCGUGUCAUUGUGCUCACCGACGAGCCGUAUGCGUACCCCGACCUGGACAACAUGAUGACGCCGAAGAACUACAAGUCGCCGCUCGGCCUCGCCAAGCACAAGGCCAAGGCGCUCGACUACUUCCGCACCACGAUGAAGCUCUCGCCGUACGACUUUGUGCUGCACAUGGACGAGGAGUCGACGAUGGACGCCGAGUCGCUGCGCGGCUGCUUCGACUUUGUGCGCUACACGCCGCACCACAUCGGCCAGGGCAUCAUCAUCUACAAUGGGCACCGGUACUUUAAGGACUGGCGAGCGUGGUGCUUCGGCAUCGCGGACACGAUUCGCGUCGGUGACGAUCUGGCGCGCUUCUCGCUGCAGGGCAACAUCGUGCAGCGGCCCAUCUUUGGCAUCCACGGCUCGUUUCUGCUGCUCAACGGCGAGGCCGAGAACCAGGUCGGCUGGGACUUUGCCAGUCUCGCCGAGGACUUUGAGUUCUCGCAGGCGGCCUGGCAGAAGGGCUUCACGCUCGGGCGCAUCCACGGCAUCGUGCGCGAGCAGUCGCCCGAGGGCUUCCUCGACUUUAUGAAGCAGCGCCGCCGCUGGUACAUUGGCAUCUGCCAGAUCAAGGGCUGCUACCACCUGCCGCAGAUCGCCAUCAAGCUGUGGACCGCCGGCAUCUUCUGCCUCGUCGCGACGGUCCUCAACGUCAUCUUCUCGCUGCUCCUCGAGUGGAGCGGCCCGAGCCCGUACUGGAUCUACGUCCUCGCGUGCUUCUGCUUCGGCGCCUUCCAGUGGCUCUACAUCGGCGGGCUGCUCUUCCAGGAGCUCGACUACGGCUACGAGUGGUGGCAGUGGUGGCAGAUUCCCGCGCACGCCAUUGCGCUCAUCUUCAUCCAGCCGUUCAUGGCCGUCGUCGAGGGCUGCGCCGUCAUCUGGGCGAUGUCGACGGACCCGGCCGAGAUCGGCUUCCAGGUCGUGAAGAAGUAG